GUGGCGGCGGCGGCUGCUCCGCGACGCUCAUGCCGGCGGCGGUCGCGGCGGCGAGCGGGAGCCUGGCGGCGGGGGGCUGCGGCGCGGCUGGGCCGUCGUCGUGGACGCGCUCGCUGGAGCGGGCGCUGGAGGAAGCGGCGGCCAGCGGUUCCCUCAGCCUCAGCGGCAGGAAGCUGAGGGACUAUCCGCGGGGCAGCGCGGCCGGCCACGACCUGAGCGACACCACCCAGGCCGAUUUAUCACGGAACCGACUCUCUGAGUUGCCACCAGAAGCCUGCCUCUUCGUUUCCCUCGAGAGCUUGAAUCUGUACCAGAAUUGCAUUCGCUAUAUUCCAGAAGCCAUUUUGAACCUGCAGUCCUUAACAUUUUUGAAUAUCAGCCGCAACCAGCUCUCAACGUUGCCUGUCCACUUGUGCAACCUGCCUUUGAAAGUCCUGAUCGCCAGCAACAAUAAGUUGGUCUCCAUCCCAGAAGAAAUCGGACAGCUGAGACAGCUGAUGGAGCUUAAAGCAGCCUGGAAAGGGUCAAAUGUGUCCUUUGUAUUCCUGCCUAAUAUCAGAUAUUUCCCCAAGAAUUUCUCCUUUCUUUCUCUCUUUGACAGCCACGAAGAUUUGUAUUCGAGUCGACCGUACGGAGCACUGGAUUCCGGGUUCAACAGCGUCGACAGCGGAGAUAAGAGGUGGUCAGGAAAUGAACCGACAGAUGAAUUUUCUGACCUUCCUCUGCGAGUGGCAGAGAUCACGAAAGAACAGAGGUUGAGAAGAGAGAGCCAUUAUCAAGAACACAGAGGGAGCUCCUUAGUGACAAAUGGUGGAGUGGAGCAAGAUCUGGAUCAAAUCGACUUCAUUGACAGCUGUGCCACCGAGGAAGAGGAGGAAGAAGUCAGGCAAGCCAAAUGUCCGGAGUCAGACAGCCUCAGCACACAAUUCAUGGCCUAUAUUGAACAACGCCGAAUCUCUCACGAGGGUUCACCCGUAAAACCUACAAACAACCGAGAGUUUCCUAGGUCGGAAGAUGCAAGAAAAUACCUCCAUCAAAAUAGGUGA